UAACCAUGAAAAUCUCGCACACCAUCUGGUUUAAUUGCAAGCUUGAAGAAAGCAUCCAACCAACCAACCAUGAGAUCAUCAUCUUCUUCGGUUUCAGUGAGUGGCCUUCUUCUUCUUCUUCUGGUGGUGCUGAGUGCUUCGAGCUCAUCAGAGGCUGCAAUAUCAUGCAGUGAUGUGGUGAAGGACUUGAGGCCAUGCGUGAGCUACUUGUCCAGUGGAAGCGGGAAGCCGCCGCCGGCGUGCUGCUCCGGCGCAAAGGCGCUUGCUUCGGCGGCAUCAACCACAGCAGACAGGAAGACAGCUUGUAACUGCAUCAAGUCUUCUGCAAAGAGCCUCACCAUUAAAUCUCAGCUCGCUCAAGCUCUUCCUUCUAACUGUGGAAUCUCUCUCCCCUUCACUAUCUCCGCUGACACUGACUGCUCCAAGAUUAGUUAAAUUGGAAGAGGAGGGUGUUGCAGAGUAUGAACAUUGCACGGAGGGAAAUUUUCUACUUAAUAGUAUUAUGUAUGGGAAUGAAAUGUUUGUAAUAAACAGAAAUCUGCAGCUUCAUGCGGAUUUCUUUUGAGAUUGGAUCUUAUCAUUAUAAGUAUGUUGUUUCCAUUUUACA